AUGGGUACCCAAGGGGAAAAUCAAGAAGGUACCAGUGCCAAGCGAAGAGACCAAGAGGGGCCGGAAGGUAGUAAUGCCCCAAGCAGACUUAAGCGACAAGAUAUGAGCUGUCCAUCCGUCACUGAUAUGGCUCAACCCCACAUUGUCGCGGAGAUGCAGGCGAUGAAGGAACAGAUGGAUGUCAUGAUGAACGCCCUCAAAGGACGGGUGUCCAGCGACCUUGAUGAUCUGGUCCACCGAACCGACUCGCCGUUCACCGCGUCCGUCAACUCCUUCCCCCUUCCACCAAAGUUCCGUAUGCCGCAAGUGGAAAACUACGACGGAAACAAAGACCCUCUAGAUCAUUUGGAGUCCUUCAAGACCUUGAUGCACCUUCAGGGGGUACCCGACGAGAUCAUAUGCAGAGCUUUCCCCACCACGCUGAAGGGUCCCGCAAGGAUAUGGUUUAGCAGGCUGACGCCUAACUCCAUCAGUACUUUCAAGGAGCUAAGCGCCCAGUUUGCUUCGCACUUCAUCGGAGGACACAGGUAUAAGAAGUCUACAGCAUGCUUGAUAAGCAUCAAGCAGCGGGAAGAUGAGACGCUAAGGUCUUACAUAACACGCUUUAACAAAGAGGCGCUUUCAAUUGAUGAAGCUAACGACAAGAUACUUGUAGCCGCUUUCACAAAUGGGCUGCGGAAGGGUAAGUUCCUAUUUUCACUAUAUAAGAAUGACCCGAAGACUAUGUCGGACGUGCUUUAUAGGGCAACCAAGUACAUGAAUGCUGAGGACGCGCUUCUGGCUCGAGAGAAGAGAGAAAGGCAAGAGGAUACACGACAGGACAGAGGGCAGAAGAUGGCAAGAACUGGAGACGCUGAAUGGACAGAAGCUACACCGCCCGUGGAACACCAAGCACCUACGGAAGUACUACCAGUAAAAAGGAUGGCAUGA